AUGUAUGCGCCAGUGGCAGGGAAGGUCUUACAAGGUGACAAGCAUCAUCCAUGUAAUGUGGACUUCCACUGGCUGAGAGGCUAUUCAGGAUUUGCUGUCGUGAUACUGGACAAUGUUCCUCCAUCGCAAGACUCAAGUGUUUUGCUGGAUUUCGUGAACAACUGCCUGGGUGGCAUGCAGAAGGAUCCAGCGCGAGAUGACCCUAAUUUGGUGAUCAAACGAAAGGCUGCCGCUUUGCGUGUGAGCUAUGCCCAGGAAAGGCGGCUGAAUAAUCACACUGACCAGUCGGUGCCAGCACAUGGCAUUCCAGCCUUGCUCUUGGUGGUGAAUCUAUGCUUCUUUCCACAAGACACCAAGCACGGUGCCUUUCGAUAA